GUCCCUGAGUCCUGGAGGAGAGGGAGAAAGAGAGAGCAAGAGUGGACACAGGAGCAAAACGCAAUGGAAUCGACCUUCACCUCCAAGGACACUUAUCUGAGACAUUUUAACCCUCGGGAUUACCUAGAAAAAUAUUACAACUUUGGGUCAAGACACUCUGCAGAAAAUGAGAUACUUAGGCAUCUUCUGAAAAAUCUUUUCAAGAUAUUCUGCCUCGAUGGUGUGAAGGGGGACCUCCUGAUCGACAUUGGCUCUGGCCCUACCAUCUACCAGCUCCUCUCUGCUUGUGAAUCCUUCAAGGAGAUCAUUGUCACCGACUACACUGAGCAGAACCUGCAGGAGCUGCAGAAAUGGCUAAAGAAGGAACCAGGGGCCUUUGACUGGUCCCCAGUGGUAACCUACGUGUGCGAGCUCGAAGGGAACAGAAUCAAGGAGCUGGAGAAGGAGGAGAAGUUGAGGCGUGUGGUCACACAGGUGCUCAAGUGCGACGUGACCCAGAGCCGGCCACUGGGCAGCGUCCCCCUGCCCCUAGCCGACUGCCUGCUCAGCACGCUGUGCCUGGAUGCCGCCUGCCCAGACCUCCCUGCCUACUGCACAGCCCUCCGGAACCUCAGCAGCCUGCUAAAGCCGGGGGGCUUCCUGGUGGUGGUGGAUGCCCUGAAGAGCAGCUACUACAUGAUCGGCGAGCAGAAGUUCUCCAGCCUCUGCCUGGGCCGGGAGGCAAUAGAAGCUGCCGUGAGAGAGGCUGGCUUCUCAGUUGAGCAGUUUGAGGUGAUCUCUCGAAGGUAUUCUUCCACCAUGUGCGACAACGAAGGGCUUUUCUCUCUGGUGGGGCGGAAGCUGAGCAAAUCUGUAUGACUCCUGUGAUUGAAAAUAAAGCAGUUAACUUCUUGGU